AUGAACUGUGAAAUGAGAAAUAAACUACAGCUAAUACUAUCUCUUUAUCUCCGAAAUCUCCCCGAAACCAUUCCUUAUGCGGACCCUUCAAUCACACAGUACAGCUUCAACUUCUUUGCCUUGGAUGACGAGAAGAUCGAGGAUCAUGGUCCCAUUGGUGCACUGAACCGCAAACUCGAAGUGCACAUGGGUCAGCAUGACAAAGGUCCUAUUUCUUUUAAAGAAUGUGGACCUAGCCUCAACUUUUCUGUGACCAAUGUGCUUGGUGGCUACUUGGAUCAGUACCACAAGUCUCCAGAGACAGUACUUCUUGUUAAAUGGGUGGACAACCUUACCAUAGCAGCAGCAGCAGCCUGUGUGCACUUCCAAAAACCUCCAUCUCGUAUCAUUGUCUCCAUAUCCUGUAAUCGAGCACCGACUACAGGAGCUUGUACCUUGCAAACAUCAAAACCAUAA